CGAAGUCAAGUUUAACACCGAUUUGUUUAAGAAUGAAGAAAAGAAGAGAAUUGUUUUUAUGCAACAAGUUUUAAAUAAUGGAUUAUGAAGCACAAGUCAGAAAAAUAUCUUUAAUUACAAAAUGUACAAGCAUAUUUCCUGCGUUUAAGAAUAAAGGAAGAUCCCAAGGGUUGCUCAGGAAAACACGAUACUGUAUUUCCUCCCCUAUCUACUAUUAUACUAAAGGCUUUCCCAAUGCAGCAAUGUCAGUCAUGAUGUCUUCGUUUUGCGUGUACCACAAGUGCACAUAUAACCGACUGCCAAAGAGUGAAAGCUUUUUGGGGAAACAAGGACAUUGGAAUUUGGAAUUUGGAAUAAACAUUUGCGCAGAGAAGACUCUUGCUCUUGCGAGUAGGUACUCAUGCGAAAGAGCAAGUGUCGUCUCGUGCCAACAACAAAACCGACCGACAACAACGGCAACAACCCCAAAAAUCAUAUGUGAAGGUUGUUUGCACGCGGUGUGUUGUGUUCUUGUUGUAUUGUUCCCCCUUCCGGGUAGAAGGUAUAUCCCAAACAAUAUUCUUGUGCACAGCUGGAAGGAUGAACACAAAAACGUCUACAACGGACACAUCGUCCGUAGUCAUCGCGCAGUCAAAUUCACUAGGUGAGCAGCAGCAGUGAAUCUGAAUGGUCGUGGUGCUUCUGUGUUCAGUUUGCUAGGGAACAUCAAUUCAGAUGGAUACUAAAAAUAGCAAAAAAAGAAAAUAUAUAAAAAAAAGAUAUUCUGCUCUCAUCUCUCCACCUACAAAAUAAUUACUAAGAAGAAUAUUUAGUAAAAAGAAAAGAAAACACACAACAGACAGAGCACUCAUUAUUUUUAAGCAAUUUUAAACAUUUUUGUGCGGUUAAUAAAAUUAACAAAAUUAAAUAAAUAAAAAAAAAAUCGCGAGUAUAAAGUCUAAUCAACCACAAGAACAGCAAGCAAUUAUCGACCGUUUCAAAAGGACGUUAUGUGAAGAAAAAGUUUAGAUAUCUUCCCACCGUCAUUGUCAGCAGCUAACUCGACUACUCCCCGUCAUAUUCAGUUCCGCGUUUUUGUGUGUUUCAUUUUAAGUUUUGCAAUAUUUAUUUUUUUGCAGAUAAAAGUGUUUUUUUCUAUUUGAAAAAACAAAAAAAAGAAAAUAAAUGCGCUCGAUGGUGAUGAUAGAAAAUAUAAAAUUAUUCUGUAUCGGUUAUUGGCAUAGUGAAAAUUUUCACUCGUACAUAUUUAUUUAAUAAAUAAAGUUUUAAAAAUAAGAAAAAUGGAAAAAGAUUAAAUAAAAAUGCAAUUAAUGUUAUCUUAACUAGAAAUAUCUAAAAAUUUGUUUGAAGAUAAAACAAAACCAAAAAAAAAAUAUAUAUCAAUAUGAAAAUUUCAAAACAUAUCCAAAUCAUUUAUCCGCAAAGUGAUUCUGAUUAUAUUCGAGAUACGGAUACAGCAAAAAAUAAACUAAUUUAGUGCAAUAUGCUGAGUACAUUAUAUGAGUACCUUUUUAAAGUAGUUAAGUUAUAAAUAAUAUUAAAAUAAUUGUUAUUUUCUUCCAAUUGUUUAUUGGAAUAAAACAUAAGAAUUAAAAUUAAAAAAAAAAAAAAAACCAACAACCAUGACUGCUGCUGGGAUUUUAAUUCGUGUGUGUCUGAUUAGUUUUGGAAUAACAUUCUGUUGUAUAGAAUGUAUACAUUUGGGAUUGAUUAGUCCGAUUGAAGUAGUAGAGGAAUUUGGAUGCCAUGACACUGAACUAAGACUUACAUGUGGCAAUUUAGACUCCAAACUGGCAAUAUUAGAAGCAACAUUUACACCAAAUUGCACACAUGACGAAUGCCUGCGCUUAGACAUGAAAAGACUUGUUAGAACAUUUGCUUCAGAAGAAAUAGAAGAGUCUAAGAAUGCAGAAAAGGAAGCAGGUGAAAAGUUCCUCGAAACACUACGACAAAGUCCUCAUUCAAAUGAGGAGGACACAGAUGUUGAUAUAUUAGAAGAUGGUAAUUUUACGGAUGGAAAAACUAAUCGCAUUAAAACUAAUGGCCAAAAUAAAAAUAGAACAUCGCUUCGUUUGGUCUUGGAACGACUUAUAAUACGUUACUUGCGUAGAAUAUCACCCGAAGAAGAAUUAGAAGGGGGACGCUUUUCACGUUCUCUUCAUAAUUCUACGCCAGAAGAAACUACCCCCAACAUCCCUUCAGUAAUUCUCAACGAAACUAUUGAAGCUGUGCAAGAUGAGGAUUCUAUCCGAACACAAUCAGCCAGAAGUCAUUGUGAAGAACAAGGAAGACAGAUUUCGUCUCUCAACCGUUUGGAUCUAGAAAAAUCCUAUAGGAAUCAGUCAGCAAACGAAUACAAUAUCCGUAGAGUACUGAAUAAAAGAUGUUCUGGCAAAAAUCACUGCAGUUUUAUAUUUUCCAUCGACCACCCUUUUGCCAAAGUCUGGGAGGGUGGUGUAGUGCGAGUUAAAUACAUUUGUAUGGAAGACUUUCGAAUAAAUCGUUAUUGCGGCGAGCAUUUAACCAUAGGCUAUGAAAUAGAUCCAAAUAUUCAAAUUCUUGAUAAUGCUAAAGGUGAUCCAAAAGCUGAAGCAAGACUUCAACCACGUGAAACUGCCCUCCACUCACUUAAAAUAAUUAAGGCUGAUAAAAUAAGUAAUGCUGAUAACAUGAGAAAUUCUACUAUAAGUGGAUUAAGAAAAUUAAAAAACCCCGUACCGUACGUUAAACAAGAAGAAACACCAACAGAAGGACAAAAAAGUAGAAUUUAUUCUCAGGAUUUUCGAGUUUUAAAAAUUCUUCCCAGUAAUCUUGAUGACUUUAAUGAUAUCGAAACAAUAGGAGAUGAAAUUUUCUUUAAAAAAGAAGAUAUAUCGACAGAACAUGUAAUGAGUGUAAAUGAACCAAGUUCAACUACCACUUCGAAUUAUAAUGACUUAGAAACGACUGCAGCUACACCAAAAAGUGAAACUGAUAUUUUAGAUGAAACUAUUAAAAUAAAUAAUUUAGAUAAUAAAACAAUUAUUGAAAGUGAAAAUUUAGAAAAUGUAACUAUGGUUAUACGGAAAGGAGCUCACUAUAUUACGGUUUAUCCAAAUGAUAAUUCCACUGUUCAGAAUGUGUCUGUACACCUUUCGGGCAACGAUAUAAGGCAUACAAAUGAUGAAUUAAAACUUACUCAUCAAGAAGUUUCCUCUACUAUCGAGCCUAAAAAAGAAAUUGAAAUUGUAAAAGACGAAAAUCACGAAAUUGAUGAAAAGCAUGAAGAUAUUUCCGAUGAAGAAGAAAACUCUCGUGUAACAUACAAUAGCAUUCAAAGAACAUCAUAUAGAUCACCAUUGCUACAUGGUUUUGCAAUGACACCAGGAUACCCCAAAUUUUAUAUUGGAGAAUUUGAUUGUCAUUGGGACAUACUUGCUCCAGAGGGAAUCAGAAUAUGGGUUACAAUCAUAGAUAAUUCUUUGCGAUUCGAUGAUAUUUGCAAGGACUUUCUUCAAAUUGAUGAUUUCGGAACGAAUACAACAUUAUUUAAUAGCUGUGUUGAAGCUGUACAACCUGUUGGAGUAAUGAGCACAUCAAAUUGGGUCAAAAUUAUUGUUAAAACAACUUCCAAAUUCGCAUUCCCCAAAAGAGGAGUCUUGUUACAUUAUACUGCUGAUAGCUGUGUGAAUCCACCACUCCCAACUCAUGUCAAACUUGUUGAGAGAACACCAACAACCGCAUUCUACGAAUGUCAUCCGUCGUUUCUAUUCCCUGAUUCUGGAUUGAGUACUCGUAAAUUAACCUGCAAUAAUAUACACGUUUGGGAUAAAUUAUUACCCGACUGCACUGAACAAGAAAACCUCACAGGGAGUGAAGAAAAAUUAACUUUAAUUAGCAAGAAACCAGAUCUGUCUGUUGUCACAAAAAUGCCAUCCAAAAACGAUGCUGAUAUGAUUACUGAUAUUAUCAUUCCAUGUGUUUUAAUUGCCGGCCUAUUCAUAAUCAAUGGAGCGAUUUUUGCUGUUAUCAUGAAAUAUCGAAACAGAAGUAAGACCGUAGAAGACGGAGGAGUGGAGCUUGCUGAGCUGUGAAAUUUCAUAUCAAAAUGAAAAACUGAAAGAGAAACAAACAGAAAACAAAAAAUGAACUACCGGAGGCCGUACCUGCUAACCAUCCAAGAAAACAUACUCAUUUUUAUAUAAAUUCAUGUGUAAACUAUGAGAAUCAAUAGAGCGAACAUCAUUAAGAAACUUACAAAGAAAACAAAACUUAAAAAAAUAUAAAACUCAAGGAAAGACACUAACGUACAUUUUUUUAGGAGAUAAGAAUAAAUUUAAAGCCUUCAAUUGAACGAUAUUAUGUAGUCAAAAAUUAUUGCUAUUGUUAGACCAAAGAAUUUUUAUACUUUUUAAAAAAAUAAUAACAACUUACUGCGCAUAUAGUGCUUUAUUCUUCAAAAUUAAAAUUAAAAACAAUUUUGACUAAAACCACCACCAAAUCAAAAAUGUUAACAAAAAAACGAAAAAUAUGGAGUAAUAAAGCAUUUAUGAGUUUUUAGUUUUUUAUCAAAUAUAAUUUGGGUUUUAAUUAAUUUAUAUAAUUUUGUUUUUAAACAUUUUACCUACAUCACCAUUCAAUUAUAAAUAACAUGCAUUUAAAAAAAAAGUUCGAAAGCAUCCUAAAAAAAAUAUCAACUCAGCCGUGUCAAAACAAAAAACAACCAUCACCAACCCCACCAAUUUUUAUUAUGAGUUUUGCAUUUUCAUAAUACAUAUAGACAAAAAAAAAAUAUAUAAGUCAAAUUGUGCCUUAUGUGUUCAAAAAAAAAAAAAAAA